AAUAUUGUACUCUUUCAAUUCUAAGAACUUGAAAUAAACCUAUCAUUUACACCUGAUACUUGUCAAAGGUAUACUUUGUUUUCCUUUUCGGUUUCAAAUGAUUCAAAGCUGAACGAUCUUCCCCCCAAAGCUGUAAUCGUCGCGUUGUUUGGAGCGGAACGCUGAUAUCAUGGACCAAAUAAUGCGGACUUUGUUUGCAGGCACUUCGUGUACUUCUAUUGGGAAAAAAGAUGGUAGAGUAAGCAAUAAGACAGAAAAUCUCAAGAGAAAGCAACCAGACUCAGACAUGGGAGGAGAGUCGCAUUUCCCGUCAGAUAUUGCUCGCUUCGAAUCAGACUCAAACUCUAGGGCCAACUUAGAAAGAUAUAUGCGGAAACACCUCCAUAUACGUCUGAACAAGGAACUGCGUUCGCCUAGUUUGUUGCUUCAGUUUCACGAGCUACAUACAAUAUUUGGCGUUUCCGAGCAGCUGUUGAAGCGUUUGGAUUCUUUAGGUUAUCACCAGCCUACACCUAUACAACGCCAGGUUAUUCCUUGUAUGCUCAGCGAAAUGCAAGUAUUAGCGUGUUCUGCAACAGGAAGCGGCAAGACUCUCGCUUUUGUCAUUCCUAUAAUAUCCAAGCUGCUAAAGAGUCGUGAUUUUGGAGAAAAGAGGUUGCCGCAAGCAGUUAUUUUGGAACCAACAAAAGAAAUGGUCCUUCAAACGGAACGCGUGGUUAGAAACGUUGCACAUAAUUUAAGUAUUCAGAGCUGCAGUUUGAUGAGCACAAGAGCAACCAGCAGUAACCAACUAACUUUUGAUAUUAUAGUUGCAACGCCCUAUUCGUUUUUAAAUGAGCUAAGGGAAGGCAAGGUAGAUCUUUCUGGCUUAUCGGAUAUUGUAUUUGAUGAGGCUGAUAAAAUGUUUGAGGUGCAGUUUCUGGAACAGAUUGACGAGAUUCUUUCAUAUUGCCCUUCAGCCUUGGUUGGCAAACAUCUCUUCUCUGCAACUUUGCCUGACGCUAUCGAGACCAUGUCGCGAAGUUUUAUUGACGAUCCUGUUCGUGUAAUUGUCGGAAGAGGGAGUGGGAACGGUUCCUUCAGUUGUAUUGAUACAAUAGAUCAACAGUUAAAGUUCACAGGCAACGAAUCUGGUAAACGGUUUGCCUUGGAGGAACUCUUUAUUAACGGCGUUGCUGCUCCAGUCUUAAUAUUUGUGCAGAACAAGAAGAGAGUCGAAGACUUAUUUCGAUUACUUUCUAGAAUGAAGAUUUCUACUGCCUUUAUUCACUCGGAUUGUUCUCAAGAACACCGAAGUCGUGCAGUAGAAGACUUCAAAAGAGGUUUCGUUACAGUUCUCGUUACCAGUGACUUGUUAUGUCGUGGAAUGGAUUUUCGGUGCAUACAGACAGUGAUCAACUAUGACUUUCCAACUUCCUUAAGUACAUAUAUUCACCGCAUUGGGAGGACUGGACGCGCCGGAAGGAGAGGAGUUGCUAUCAGUUUCUUUGGUGAAGAAGACAAGGCAAUGAUACGACCCAUUGCCAAUUUUAUUGCCGCGUGUGGUUCGCGAUUGCCAGAUUGGAUAUUUAGUCUUCCUGCUCCUUCAAAGAGUCAAAAAAGGAAACUGGAGCGAAGACCUCCAAAACGCGGAGAUAUUUUGCCUCUAAAGGGAACCUAGAGUUUAAUUGGAUGAGCUAUGUUGAAGCUUUCUUUUUUGCUUGUUGGUCUAUGGACAAGUUG